UUUGUUUCUGCGUGCUCGUCUCGGUGUUAAUCAGAUCCGCAUGAAGCUCGAGCUGCUCGGUUCAACUUUGUUCCCGCUUCACUUCUUCUCCCUCCAACACACCGAGGAACCGAGCACACGGCAGCCGACCGACGGGGGACUGAGCUCGGGCAAAUUCAGCCCGUGGAGCCGGUCCGAGCUGCCGCCGCUGGAGGAAGUUUAACGGGGAGUUUUCUGCUGGUUUGUCCGCCGAUGGAAGCGGAAAAGCCGCCCUGCUCUCAGAGCAGAUGCAGUCGGUGAACUCGUCGCAGAUCCAGCCGGACGCCUGAGGACUGAACCUGAGCAGGUGUUCGUGGUGUUUCUACCUCAGAGAUGCUCGGCGUUGAUAGGAAACGUUUCUCGCUUGGUGAUAAACGUGAGUCGAGACAAACGAGUGGACCCGAAUCGCUCUGCUGACAUCGAACCGGAGCAGUCGACUCUCCUUCUUUUUGUUUUUUUGGAUGUCGUUCACCCACGACGCCUUUCUCCCGCCCGGACGACGUCACAGAUAACAGCCAAUGUCGGCCGACAACAGCCCGCCGCCUCAGCUGCCACCGCCGCCUCCGCCGGCGUCCCCGCGGUCUUUCUCCACCCUCCCUCAUCAUGCAGCACCUCCCACCCCAUCGCCAUCCCCGAGCCCGCCUGCUACACUCUGCAGCCGGCUGUCCAACGGCAGCCAGACGAUCUCCAGCCGCACGAACUCGCGAGGCUCCAUCCACGGAGUGUCCUUCCUGCUGCAGAUCGGACUCACCAGGGAGACCGUCACCCUCGACCACGGAGACCACUCGCUGUCGGCCGUCAGGGAGCUCGUCUGCUCCAUCGUGGACCAGAAGUUUCCUGAAUGUGGAUUUUUUGGGAUGUACGAUAAGAUCCUGCUCUUUCGCCAUGACCUGAACUCGGACAACAUCCUGCAGCGUCUGACCUCAGCGGAGGAGAUCCACGAAGGCGACCUGGUCGAGGUGGUGCUGUCCGCUCUCGCCACAGCCGAGGACUUCCAGAUCCGACCGCACACCCUGUACGUCCACUCCUACAAGGCGCCGGCGUUCUGCGAUGACUGCGGGGAGAUGCUGUGGGGGCUCGUCAGGCAGGGCCUCAAAUGUGAAGGAUGUGGACUGAACUACCACAAACGUUGUGCGUUCAAGAUUCCCAACAACUGCACCGGCGUCAGGAAGAGACGGCUGUCCAACGUCUCGCUGCCGGGCGCCACCUUGUCCAUCGCUCGCCCGCCUUCCACCGAGUUUACGCCGACGCCGCAGGAGGAGCGCCCCCUCCUGGGCGCCGGGAAGCGCAACUCCCUCCUGAGCGGCCGUCCCAUCUGGAUGGAGAAGAUGGUCCUGGGUCGGGUCAAAGUCCCUCACACCUUCUCCGUCCACACCUACACCCGUCCCACCAUCUGCCAGUACUGCAAGCGUCUGCUGAAGGGCCUCUUCCGUCAGGGGAUGCAGUGCAAAGAUUGUAAGUUUAACUGCCAUAAGAGAUGUGCGGCCAAAGUACCUCGAGACUGCCUCGGUGAGGUCGACUUUAACGGAGAACCAGCCAGUCCCAGCCUGGACUCGGAGGCGACGAUGGAGGUCGACAACUGUGACAUCAACAGCGACGGCGGUCACAGCAUGGACGAGCAGGACGAGCUGUCCACGCCCGAGGACAAACUCUUCUACAUCGAGGGUCCCUGCACGGACGCCGACAAGGACGACGAGACGCUCAGAGCCAUCAGCCCGUGCACCAGCAGUAACAUCCCCCUGAUGCGAGUGGUUCAGUCCAUCAAACACACCAAGAGGAAAAGCUUCACGGUGGUCAAAGAGGGCUGGAUGGUCCACUACACCAACCGGGACAACCUGAGGAAGAGGCAUUACUGGAGGCUGGACAGCAAAAGUCUGACUCUGUUCCAGAAUGAAAGUGGAGCCAAGUUUUACAAGGAGAUCCCCCUGUCCGAGAUCCUCCAGGUGGAGCCGGCGCAGGACUUCGGCAGCCUCCCCCAGGGCAGCAACCCUCACUGCUUCGAGGUGAUCACAGCCAACAUGGUUUACUAUGUCGGGGAGGAUAACGCUGUCCUGCACCACAACCCGGCACUGGCGGCGACCGGCGUGGGACGGGAUGUCGGCCAGAGCUGGGAGAAAGCCAUCCGACAGGCGAUGAUGCCGGUCACACCCAAAGCCAGCGUCUGUGCCGGGCCCGGCCAGGGGAAGGACCACAAGGAACUGUCCAUCAGCAUAUCAGUGUCCAACUCCCAGAUACAAGAAAAUGUGGAUAUCAGCUCGGUGUAUCAGAUCUUUGCCGACGAGGUCCUCGGCUCCGGACAGUUUGGGAUCGUCUACGGAGGUAAACACAGAAAGACGGGCAGAGACGUGGCGAUCAAAAUCAUCGACAAGAUGAGGUUUCCCACCAAACAGGAGAGCCAGCUGAGGAACGAGGUGGCCAUCCUGCAGAACCUCCACCACCCGGGCAUCGUCAACCUGGAGUGCAUGUUCGAGACGCCUGAGCAGGUCUUCGUCAUCAUGGAGAAGCUUCACGGCGACAUGCUGGAGAUGAUUUUAUCGAGCGAGAAGAGCCGACUGCCCGAACGCCUCACCAAGUUCCUCGUCACACAGAUCCUCGUGGCGCUCAGACAUCUUCACUUCAAGAACAUCGUCCACUGCGAUCUGAAGCCUGAGAACGUUCUCCUGGCCUCAGCAGAACCGUUCCCUCAGGUGAAACUCUGCGACUUCGGCUUCGCUCGGAUCAUCGGCGAGAAGUCGUUCCGGCGCUCGGUGGUCGGGACUCCGGCUUAUCUGGCGCCCGAGGUGCUUCGCAGCAAAGGCUACAACCGAUCUCUGGACAUGUGGUCGGUCGGCGUCAUCAUCUACGUCAGCCUGAGCGGGACGUUUCCCUUCAACGAGGACGAGGACAUCAACGACCAGAUCCAGAACGCCGCCUUCAUGUACCCGCCCAACCCGUGGAAGGAGAUCUCAGAGGAGGCCACAGACCUCAUCAACAACCUGCUGCAGGUGAAGAUGAGGAAGCGUUACAGCGUGGACAAGUCGCUGAGCCACCCCUGGCUGCAGGAUUACCAGACCUGGCUGGACCUCAGGGAGUUCGAGACCCGGCGCGGCGAGCGCUACAUCACCCACGAGAGCGACGACGCCCGCUGGGAGGAGCACGCCGACGAGCGAGGCCUGCACUACCCCAAACACUUCAUCAUGUCUCCCAACCUGGACGACAUGGAGGAGGACCCCUAAGAGCCCCCCCCCCCCAUCGCGGAGGGUUAACAUUCCCUCGGAAAGGAAAGCAGCGUAAUCCCUCGACGGCUGUCACCGUGGAAACUGUCACCAUGGAGACCGUGAAAACGCGUCCACGCGUCGGCGGGACACGGCGGUCAGUCGGGUCAGCUGUUUGAGGCUCACUGCGGCGAUAAUUCAGGUCCAGAACAUUUUAAAAUUUCAACACAUCUUAAACUUUUAUUCCUCUUUUUUUUUUUUGACGUUGACUCUCUUUUUCUUUUGACGUUGACUCUCACGCGAGUCAACGUCAACGUCUGCAACCGCCAACCGAGCCGCAGAAGGGCUAACGAAGAGAAUCGACACUUUUUCAGCUCACAUAGAAUAUUUUUAUGACGUUGUCGUUGUUACGUUUUAGAUCUGACGUGAACUGGAACUCUUGAUUAUGUCUGAUGAUGAUGAUGAUGAUGAUGUUCUUUCAUUCCCUCGUCGGGAUGUCUUUGCACUAUUGGGAACUCUUUGAAAUUUCACUGAUGACUUUUGGUUUGUUCGUCUGCAAAAGUUCUAAAAAACAAAAAACUUUAUCUGUCCUGAGGAUGGCACCAACGUUAAAGUGGUUUAUCUUCUGACUUAGCUCGUCAAAUUUUAGAUUUGACUUUUCAGGUAACGUUAACACAACACAGGACAGUUCUGGUAUUUUUCAACGUCGGUCUUAGUUGUAGCUGUUUUAGUUAACGUUGCACUCAAAGAUUUGGGAAACACGACUGGAAACAGAAAAACCAAACAUAUCAUCAGGUCCAGCAGCGUAGUGAUCUACAUACAGGACGGUUACACGUGUCUUUUGUUACAUUUCGUCCUCUGAAGAUCAAAUAAUUCAUCUCAUCCGACUAAAAAUCCAGAUGUAAGACUCAGGACUCAUCAAACUUUGGGCUGCCGAGACUUUUGCAGAGGAACAAACUUUUAAAAAGUUAUUCUCAGCGAUUUUCUGAAACUUUGGAUGAAGACGAGCUGGGAAUUGAGCUGCUAUUGUCUUUCUGUGGAAACCUGCCUGAGAAAAGAAAAAAAACAAAAAACUUGUUUGACUCGUCGUUGAUCCUGAUCCGACUCCAGCCUGAGAAUUUAUUUCACAUGUUUUAUAUUUUUGCAAGAAAUGUCAUGUCAUGUGAUUUUAUGAUGGAAAAUAUUAAAGCUGAAUAAGUUUA